CGACGCGUGACGGCUUUACAAUUGUUGCGCCGGUAUUUAUUAAAGACGAAUUUAAAUAUAUAUAACUCUUGAUACGGAGAAUAGCGCACCGCGCGGAACAAACACUACAUUUUUUGAUGCAUCGUCAAUAACCAUUCUUCGUCGCGGCAGUUUGGUCAACCGCGUAGGCAGUUGUUGGACAUCAUGGCCUCAUCAACCCAGCAUGCGCCAGAUACUGGCGCUCUUCCGAUUGACCCGAAUCUGGCAUCCGGCUCUCAAAAUGAUGAGGACGAGUGGGAAUACGAGUACUCCACUACCGAGACAGAGACAUAUUAUCUAACAAUCGAUUUAUCGCACGACGGGCUGAAGAAACCACCGACGAAAAUGAUGCCACAUAGCCGCAGCGGAUACUUUAAGCAUUGGCAAGACCAGCAUACACUAGAUGGAGAUGCAUCCUCAGCCAAGCAAGCACACAACCAAGACGACCAGGAUGGCGAUGGCGGGGAUAACGAUGACGACGAAAACGAACCCGAUGCCGAAGUUGAAAGUCGUCAGGAAGGCGGCAAUGACGACGACAUGCUACUGGACCCAGCGCUUCGCAGCGAAACCGCAGCCAUGGAGAAAGAGGCGACAGCUGAGGCGCGGCGUAAAGCCAAGGGCAAAGCACCGGCUGUUCCCAGAGCAAGCACCGUACAAAUCGAGUCUGAUGAAGAAGGGCGCACCGAUGCGUCAAAAAAGGAACAGCAGACAGGGUCGAACACCAUACAAAUACUCGAGCUCGAGUCUGACCGUCCGAUAAUAUCUUACAAAGGUCGGGUAUUCGAGGCUGAGUGGGCGGAAGUGAUUGGGACUGAGAUGCUUUUUGUCGCUCAUUCUGAGAAACAGCCACUGCCGGCACUCAGAAACCUCGCUGGAGAUAUUGAUCUUUUGGCAGCAAGUAGUGCUCGACUGAUAACCAAGGAGAAGAUAGUCAAGCCGCGGCAACCAGUGCAUGAUGACCUUGCGCAGGCAAGGGAAGGAUACGGUAUCCAUAUUCCUGUUGGCAAAGAUCAAUCGGGAGAGCGCACAGCGCAAGCUCGCUUUUUGGAAAACCUAAUGGCUCUGAAAAAGCUGCGCGGUGAAACGGACGAUGUGACCGUGUAUGCACAGCCCGGCGAAGGCAAGGAUUUUGACGACACCAGACCACCAGACUCACGCCCACGCCGUCGAAAGCCCCCUGCUAGUAGUGAUGGCGGCCGAAGAGGUAGAGUAGUGUCACGGACGACAGUUCGUGGCCGUGUUGCUGCUCGAGGAGGGAGCCGCGCUGCGUCGACACCAACGCCCUCUCACUGGGAAGACUUGGCCACCCCUGAUAACAAUGACAGUGGUGAUGACGAUGAGGACGAGGAAGAAGAAGAUGAUGACGACGACGAUGUUUUAAUGGAGGAUUAAACAUGUGAUACCCGGUGCCUUGAGCGCCUAUUUUACGAUGUAAUGAACUUUUCCUUUCUAUAACCGUUACUACGAUGCAAUACAGCACCAGCAUCUGCUUAUGAAGUUGACUUCUGAAUCUCGUCGCGAAUCGCCUGCAGAGUUCUUUUUUGCUGGCCUUCGGCGUCAAAGUUGCUCUCCUCCAACCAAGUGUCAAAAGCCUGCUUAACAACUGGCCAUUCAUCAUCGGUGAUGCUGAACCAGGCUGUGUCACGAAGACGACCCUGCACAAUCAUGUGUUUGCUGCCGAAUUAUUAGCUUCCGUGUUAUUAUCAAUGACCUUCUGUGCUUACCGGAAUAUGCCCUCAUAGACGAAGCCCAGGCGCUUUGCAGACGACAAGCUGGGAGCAUUGAGUGCAUUGGCUUUCCACUCCACGCGGUGAUAAUGUAGAUCUUCAAAGGCGUGCUUGAUGAAGAGGUAGAAAGCCUCCGUGGCCAUUCUUGUCCUCUUCAGGCGAUCUCCGAGGUUGACCGAGCCAAUCUCAAUUCGCCUCUGAGGCGCCGAGAUGUUUAGGAAUGAGAAGACGCCGACAGGCUCGGGGUUUGCGCUCGUCUCCGCCUCGGGAGCCGAGAGGAUGGCAUAUGCAUAGGGAUCAGUUGAGCCUGCCAGAUCCGUGGUGAACUCUUGGUACUCCUCGAGAGUAUCAAAGCCGCCACGAAGCAUAUAUGUCCAUCGCCAAGCGUUCUCUUGGCCUCCGAGAGAUUUGUAGAGGGCCGGGGCGUGGCCUGUGGCUAGCUUCACCACGGAUGUGUAUUUGCCAUGAAGAGAGGCGCCGGCCGGAGGUACAGCGUCGACUUUGGACGCUAGAGGACCAACUGGGAGAUCUGGGACAGUCAUAUUGGGUGAAGCUGCAAGAAUUUGAGAAUGUUAAAUAUUUUUUUCGGGGGAAUCGUGGUUAUGUACAGGUAAGCUUCUGGCCGUUAAGGCUCCGAGCUUCGCUGUCGUCAACGGGCGUGCCCCACUUCCCGCUCCGUAUGACCACCGGCCCGGGACAGCGCGGGUAGCGAAGGGCGUCUCAACAACAUGGCUAUGUAGGCUGUGCUGUUCUGGACAUAUUGGAUUUAUUUGAGGUUUAGUCUACAGUAUUUGGCCAGUACCCCAGUCGACCUUGAGGGUUCUAUGUGUUAAGUAACAUCUUACUUUGCCGCGUCUGGGAUGUCGCCUGUGUGACUGAUAUCCUCCCUCGGUGACAUUUCGCUCGUCGCCCGAAUAGUCUCAUUCCGCUCUCGGUCUACCGCCUUCAGGUCGAUGUCUUCAAUGAAGAGAGAUGCCAAGAAUGAGGCAGCCAUGAAGCCUAGGGUGAUAGUAAGAAGAACACGCAUGACGUCAGUGUAGCUCUGAUUUAUAGCGUCUCGCUCAGGGCUUCCAACUGGAAAAGAGCUGGCCAUGACAAAGGAAUUCUGUAUAGCGGUGGCACGGCCUUGCGCUGCGGCAGAGUACACAACAGUUAGAGUCAGAUAGAGGCAGUCGUAUCAGCAGCAGCUUACCUUGAUGCUUGCCAACAGCCUGUACUGUUGUCUGCACAAUCACGGAUAUCAGUCCUGAACUUCCUCCUUGCACUAUCUGUGCAAUCAAUAUCUGAGCCACUGUAGCAUCCGAGUUGGCAUAUCGCAUGAUCAAACCACCUCCGAUUAACUUGAUCGAAGUGCCAGCAAUGACUAUCCACUUUGGGCGACCAGUCUUUUUCAACAGGAAGGCUACUGCCAUACCACAUACUGCAGUAGAAACGCUCCCAGAUAUAACGAUGUUGGUAGCCGCCGCCGGUGACAAGUUGUUGGCCACAAUUAGAAACGAGUAAAAGUAUACACUCCAGCAAGUUCCACUACAGAAGAAGAGUGCCUCAGCCAGGCAACCCGCGGCCACGGUUCUACUCUUUGCCAAGUGUAGACUUAGAAUAGGGUAUGUAGCAACACGCAGCUCGUAAGCAAUGAAGCCGAUAAAUGAAACACCUCCAAUGAUCAUCAUGGCAAUCGUUUGGGGAGAUGACCACUCGCCCUUAAAGCGAGCGUUGAUUGUUAGAGGGAAUAAGAGAAAAAUCAAUCCAACAAGAAAUAAGAAGAGGCCGAAGAUGUCAGCCUCAGAGGCCAUAGUAGCAAGUGUUUUCUUCGUCGUGUUGCGCUUGACGGAGUUAGUUUGGACUUGUGACCAGACAAGAAGACCAAUAAGCGGGCUGGC